AUGGAAUUUCUAGGGUCGCGUCUUCAGCCAGACAAGUUUUUCCGAAAAUAUGAAGUAAAAGGUGUGGCCCUCGGUGUGGUCGCAGGCUCCUUUCGAUGUAUACAAGUUGGUUGCCCUCGCUUUACAACUUGGUCUUGUUGUCAAGGCGACUUGGUUGGACGCAGCUUGUACAAAGUCGUCUGCCAUAGUAGUUAUCAUAAUCCCCAGCACCAGACCGUGGAGUUGGUACAUUCUCAGACGUUUCGCCAACAUCAACAGUCAGUUUUGCCAUUCUACGCCCCAAGCUACGAACCCGUCACGGAGACAAGUGACGUCAAUCCCUCGACCAACGUUGUGCCGAAACCGGACACACUCUCGCUCCUUUUUCCGUCCUGGCCCAUCUAUCUACUCUUAACCCUCUUAUCCCAUUGCCGCCCUAUCACAACUUCUCACUUGCUACAUUUUUUUCAGUGUGGCCUCAUCACACCUACCAUUCAUCCCGACCCCUCCUCUCCUGAUGGGAUCAUCCGACACGAUCCUCCAAUCCGGAUCUGCCUCCUGCUCCCGUAG